CAAAAAAUCCACCCAACUUGCACUUAACCCACCAGAAAUAUUCAUUUCCAUUCUCAAACCCAAAACCCACAAUUCAUCAUCUCUCACUUGAGGAAAAACAAGAAGCAUGAGCUACGGUUCUUGACUUCACCUGCUGAUCCGAGGGCUUCGAAAUCUGCCCAAACCGUAAGAUUUAUUAAUAAAACCAAAACACGUUACCCUCUUGAUAUUAAAGAUGGCCUUAGUAGACAUAAUCUUCAAUUAUGGUGGAGAGUGGAUUAGAAAACCAAAAGUCAUGUAUUCAAAGAAGUUGACUGAAUCUUGGACAGGGAUUAUACGAAGCAAUGAAGAAUGUGCUUCCUAAAUCACAUCACAAAUUAUGUGCUAAACAUGUUGAAGCAAACUAGUGCAAAGAAUGGAGGUCAGAUGAACUGACAAAGGUAUUUUGGUGGUCUUCAUGGACCACUUAUGAGGAAGACUUCAUAGAUAGACUCAAUAUGAUUGGUUCUUUGAAUGAGAAAGUUGUUGAGAAGUUGCUGACAUAUCCUCCACAAGCUUGGUGUAGAGCCUACUUUGACACUGUGUGCGAGAACUAUGGAGUGGAGAACAAUUUCACUGAGUCAGUGAAUAAAUGGAUUCUGGAACCUAGAGGCAAACCAAUCAUCAAAAUGCUUGAGGAAAUAAGAAUCAAGGUCAUGAACCAGUUAAGGGAAAGAGAGGAUGAAGUGAGGUUUUGGGCUACUGAAUUUAGCCCAAAGAGUAUGCAGUUGUACAAUGAGUACAGGAAGAUUGCUAAAAAAUGCAAGGUUCAUUUCAAUGGUGAUUAUGGGUAUGAGAUCACAGAAGGACUUGAUAGGCACACGGUAAGUAUGACUUUGAAGAGAUGCACAUGUAGGCAAUGGGAUCUUAAUGGAAUUCCAUGCCCACAUGCAAUUAAAGCAAUGAUGUAUAAGAAGUUGGACCCUUUGAGUGAAAUGAGUUGGUGGUAUAGCAAAGAGGCAUUCUUGCUUACCUAUAAGAACAAAUUACAGCCUGUUAGAGGUGAAAAAUUCUGGAAGGUGGGUCCAUCUCAAGCAAUGGAACCACCUGAGCUAGUGAAGAGGCCUGGUAGACCUAAAAUUAAGAGAGUCAGGGAAAAAGACGAGGCAAUUAAGAGGCAAGGUGAGUGGGCAAGUUCAAGAAAAGGAAGAAUUAUGACAUGCAAUAACUGUAGAGAGCCAAGUCACAAUGUUAAAGGGUGUAAAAAGGUAAAAUAACUUCAAUGCUAUUAAUAGCUUCUUUUUUUCUGAAGUUUGAUUUCUAACUUUGAUUUCUUUUUUACAACAGCUAGCCAAUGCAAGGCCAAUGAAGAAGAGAAAAACAUUGAUUGAUGAACCUGAUGAAAUAAACCUAACAACACCUCAAUCAAGUCAAGCAAGCCAGAACUUUAGGCCUACACCAACAUUGAGGCAGCAGGUACCACAAUUUUUAGAUCCAGGACCAAAUAUUCCAAGACAUGAAUCAGAUUUAGAAUUCCCAGAAUCUUCAAGGCCAAGAUUCAGCAAGACAGUUCAUCCAGCUGUGACAAUCAACUUCCCAAAUCAUGAUCCAGAUCCUACUAUAAGGCCAAGAGUAGUGUCAGAAAGCACAAUACUUCAAGCUAGGAAACAGGGACGACACCUUCAGGGAUAAGGAUAAUUAACUUUACAGGUGAUCACAAUGGAGUGAGCGUCCCUUCUAAUCUUCCCUACUCACCGGUCAACCUCACAUGGAGAGGAAAUGCUGCUGUAAAUCAAGGCCAAUUGGAGAUGCAAAGUAGACAAAGAACUAAAAAGUUGAAGCAAAGAAAGGGACCAGAGUGAUGCAUUAGGGUGUUGAAAUUUAUUUUUUGUUGAUAUGUUUCAUGGGUUGUAAUUACUGAUUAUGACAGUAAUUCUUAGUUAAUGUCUUUCUAGUUUACUUGUUUUUGGUGGUGAACAAUUGAUGUCAUAUUAUGAGUGGUGAUGUGUAAGUUUUUGGAGUUAUAAUAUGGCAUCAAGCAUACCAAAAUAUGGCAGUUAAUAUUACUUAUGAAUGCAA